UAAUUUAUUGUAUUUUAAAGAUGAUGACUCUACAAUUGAAAAUCAGGAGCACUGCCAUGGUAGCGUCCAUCAAUUCGACCUACCCCCUUCCUUUGCUUCAAUGGCGAACUAAUUAGAUUACUUACCUCAAUUGUCUGUCAUAACUCCACAGCUUAAAACCAAUCACAUCGUUUGCUUUUGAGAUCGUAAAUGGCGAGGAAGAAGAUCAGAGAGUACCAAUCCAAGAGGCUCCUCAAGGAGCACCUCAAACGACUUGCCUCCAUUGACCUUGACAUCCGAUCAGCUCAGGUUACAGAAUCAACAGACUUCACUGAGUUGACAAACCAACACCCAUGGCUUUCCUCCACCAAAUUGGUUGUGAAGCCAGAUAUGCUGUUCGGGAAGCGUGGAAAGAGUGGCUUGGUGGCUCUCAAUUUAGAUAUAGCACAAGUAGCAGAGUUUGUGAAAGCACGCCUUGGUGUUGAGGUUGAGAUGGGUGGAUGCAAGGCACCUAUAACCACAUUCAUUGUUGAGCCAUUUGUUCCUCAUGACCAAGAGUUUUAUCUAUCCAUUGUUUCUGAAAGGCUGGGCUGUACUUUCAGCUUCUCAGAAUGUGGGGGCAUUGAAAUUGAAGAGAACUGGGAUAAGGUUAAAACUAUAUUCCUUCCAACUGAGAAGCCUAUGACUCGGGAGGCAUGUGCGCCAUUAAUUGCUACACUUCCUUUGGAGAUUCGGGAGAAAAUUGGCGAUUUUAUAACGGGUGUGUUUGCUGUCUUUCAAGAUCUGGACUUCAGUUUUGUAGAGAUGAAUCCGUUUACGCUGGUGAACGAGAAGCCAUAUCCACUGGAUAUGAGGGGAGAAUUGGAUGACACUGCUGCAUUCAAGAACUUCAACAAGUGGGGUAAUAUAGAGUUUCCAUUGCCUUUUGGAAGAGUUCUAAGCCCUACAGAAGGCUUCAUUCAUUCCUUGGAUGAUAAGACAAGUGCAUCUUUGAAAUUUACUGUAUUGAACCCAAAAGGACGCAUCUGGACAAUGGUAGCUGGUGGUGGUGCAAGCGUAAUUUAUGCUGAUACUGUUGGAGAUUUAGGUUAUGCAUCGGAGCUUGGCAACUAUGCUGAGUAUAGUGGAGCUCCAAAUGAGGAGGAGGUUCUGCAGUAUGCAAGAGUUGUAAUUGAUUGUGCUACAGCAGACCCUGAUGGCCGUAAGAGAGUCCUUCUUAUUGGAGGUGGUAUUGCAAACUUCACUGAUGUUGCUGCCACAUUUAGUGGGAUUAUUCGAGCCCUAAAAGAGAAGGAAUCAAAGCUUAAAGCAGCAAGAAUGCACAUCUAUGUCAGAAGAGGUGGUCCAAACUAUCAGACUGGUUUGGCAAAGAUGCGUGCAUUGGGGGAGGAAUUGGGAGUACCAAUUCAGGUUUAUGGGCCGGAGGCCACAAUGACCAGCAUCUGCAGACAGGCUAUCGAUUGCAUCAUGUCUGAAGCAUAAAGCAGAAUACUUUUUGUCACCAGUAUCAUCAUGUUUCGUUCCUUAAACUAAUUUGGUGGUGUUUUGAUGGAUAUAAGUCUAUACCAGUCAAUAGGGAAUAAGAUUGAAGGGAAAAGGAUAGAUGUCGAAAGCCUGAAAUUGUUCUUUUCAUAUAUUUUCUUCCUUUUGUGAUUUUAUUGUUAUAUUUUGACCCCAAUAUGGUCAUAACAUUAUAAAAUUCCCAAAAGUAUAUGUGGAAAAUGUAAUUUUAUGUCCAUUUGAUUUGCUAUAAAAAAGGACAG